CAUAGCUGGUUGCUACCGGACGCGUCCACAGGUUGCGGAUAGUGGAACGCCCAAUAGAUAUAUUGGGCAGCUGCGAAUUAAAUAAGCAGUCGCGGACAACUCAGCGGUUCCGGGGGGAGAGUCUCGGAAUAAAUAUCCGAGUGUCCAUGAUCCCUGGUUCGACGAGGCGAACAACUGGCGCCUCGAAUUAUCCAGUGAUCGGUGUUGGUCUACCGAGGAAUAAGACCCCCUAACGCUGGGGUGUUACGUAAACCGCGUUCCUCGGUGUGCAGUCAGGGUACCGACUGUAUUCGAACGGUUGCCUCACUGAUACCUGGGCGCCUCAGUGAAUAACAGGCUUAGUUGCCAAGUCCUUGCCAUGGUAGGGAGGCUAUGCCAUGGUGGACCUCGUCUCCUCCAAGUCCGACCUUUCAUAUGGAGAAAAAUAAUAGCAACAAAAACAAAACCCCAACUUCCACCAACGACACCAUUGUUUCCAAAGACCAAGGACCGGCCACAGGACAUGAUUUCAAAUUCGGAAGGGGACGACAUACUGAGCUACAGUGACGUCAUCCAUGACAACAUCCAGCGACAUAGCGAACAGUUGUCCGCCCUCCUGGAGAAGACAAAAACGCUAAGGCUCAGUCAGGAGAGUACUCCUUCUGGCUUUGGAAAUGACUCACCACUUUCGGAUGAGGAACUGGACAUCACGGUCAUUUCCUCGUCUCAAAGUGGUAAGUCAUCUCAACAAGCCACCAAGAACACUCCCAGCGAGACUUGCGCGUAGUCCAAAACCCAGGAGGGAAUAACGUCACCAGCAGCCACCAGCCUCGAUCGGCAAGACGCCAUCAUUGUAGGCACUGGCGGGGAUCCUGCCAGAAACCCUACCUCUCGUGAUGGCGCCGACCCAAAAGAGGUGAAAGCAAAGCGGGGAUAUAAAAGGUCGGUAAAUUACUGCAAAAAAUUUAUCGGCAAAGACCCCGCACAGAUAACGGAGAGAGAGAGGAUUCUGAUCAAGAUGAACCUCAAGGUAAUUGCUAAGUUCGAACGGAACCACCCGCACUUACCGAGCUGUUCUCUAAACCAGAAUCUUCUACCUCUCCUACAAUCUGCUAUCAGCAGUAGGGUAAACCAACCUGUGGUUCAACCCUCUGCUGAGGGCCCUGCGGAGGUCAGCAAUUCCAUCGCCACUAACAAGACCACCACGGUCAUUGUUCACGAGGCGACGGCCAAUGCUGACACUGCUGGGUCGAAUCCACCUGCCAAAAAGCGCGGGAAAAAUAAGGCCAAGAAGCCGAAGCCCACUGUAGCCGAAGCCCUUGUAGUUCCACCGGAGGCCGAUACCUCUUCACGUGCAGCGUUGAAAAGGGGUCGGUCUACGGAAGCACCACAUCCUGAGGCCAAGAAGGCAUCCAAGGGCCCGGCUUCUCAGCCUUUGCCCACUCCGUCCGCUAGCAAGCCGGUCGCGACUAAACCUCCCCCACCAGCCCCUUCAAGCUCUAAGCCUGAUAAGGUUCACAAGGAGAUGUCAAGUCACAAACGGCAGGCCAAACAGGACGGAAGAGGAAAUACUCGCAAACUAUAUACCCGGAUAAUCUUCGGGUAGCAAUCAUCGACAAGGCUGAACCGGAAGGUAAAAUCAGCGACAGUCGAUGGUUGCUAUUCGAAGAUCGUCUGAGAGAGCUUGUCUUCACGGGAGAGGGUGACACACGAAGUAUGCAGUUCGGCAGUGCAACCCUUUACAAAGGCGUGAAAGUAAUGUUCUGCGAGAACCAGGAAUCUAAGGAUUACCUGGUCACCGCAGUAUCUGGCUUUCGCGAUCUCUGGCAGGGAUGUGAUCUGGCGGCUGUAUCCUUGAAGGACAUCCCCUGCCGUAAGGUAUUGACAGCUUGGGUGCCACCACCAUCCGUGGAUCCGGCACGCAUCCUGACAAUACUGGGCAAGCAAAACCCCAACCUCAAGACGGACAACUGGCGUCUUGUCAGUUCAAACACUGAGGGAGGGGGCCUGGUCAUCAAGGUAUCUAUGGAUACGGAUGGCCAGGAAUACCUUCAAGCUCGUGGGGGAAAACUGCAUUUCGGCGCUGGAUGGAUCCGUUUCCGUCUAACGCCGUUGCAUUAGGUGGAAGAAAACAGCAGCUACUUAGCAUCAUGCAGAUUAAUCUGCAUCACUGCAAAGCAGCUCCUGCAGAACUCCUCCUAUCCCUCUCGAAAGCUGAAGUAGACAUAGCUCUGGUUCAGGAACCCUAUAUAUACAAUAAUAGGGUAACUGGACUAGGGAGUGGACAGUACGUCUCUUAUGCGGUCUCCAAUGGUGAUAAGCAACAACAGUGGAGGAGACGUUACGGUAGCGAGAUUGGAGUCUAAAUCCGGAAGGGUUCACAUUUUCAUAUCUCUAUAUCUACCGUACGAGCGACCUGACCCACCUGGACAUGAAGUAGAGGAGCUGCUCGAAGAUCUGGCUGACAAAGGGCAUCUAAUCAUAGGUUGUGAUGCCAACGCACACCACUUCCAAUGGGGUAGCAACGAUACCAACGUCAGAGGCUGGAUUGAUACCAUGCUUAGCAGCAGAAUUAUCAACUCGAGCAUUGGGGAAAUAUACAUCAGGAAAUCGGUCAUGAGGGGCACUCCGCAAGGGGGUGUCCUAUCACCAUUACUCUGGCUUUUGGUCAUCAAUAAUAUAAUUAUGGAUCUAGAGGUAACAGGAACGAAAGUAGUCGCAUACGCUGAUGACGUCGUCCUGUUAAUCGCCGGGAAAUUCGUGCAAACAAUCUCGGAUCUAAUGCAAGGAGCUCUAGUCACCUUAUCACGGUGGGCGCGUCGCAAUGGACUAGGCGUGAACCCAUCAAAGACAGAGCUCGUCCUUUUCACUAAGAGACGUAAAUACCCUACAUUUACACCACCGAAACUAGAUGGAGUCAGAUUAAACCUUUCGCUAGAAGCCAAAUACCUUGGCACUAUCCUUGACCACCGACUAAGUUGGAAGAGGAACACCGAGGAACGAGCUAAGAGAGGCUCGGUUAAACCACCACUGUGCCAUUUCCUGCAGGUUAUUCACAAACACUACUCUGAGAAGAACCAACAAAAAUGGCUGGAUGAAAUUGGUUGUACCAUCCCCAAACGAAUCUGGCCCACGCUCUCGGAGAAGAGAACAAGGUCGCUGAUGUCAUUGUCAAAACCUGAUUUAAAACUCGUGGUGGGCAUCAUCACAGGUCACUGUAAGGUGAGGGCUAUGACAUCGAAAUGGGAUAGCGACGGCAUUGACUACUGUAGGAUCUGUCAAGAUGAAGAAGAAAUCGAGACAAUCGAACACUUACUCUGUCACUGCCCAGCACUCAUUAAUGUGAGGCAUAGGCUAGUGGGAGAACUAGUGUCACAUGACUUGUCAUCUUUUUCUAACACUGACCCAGUAGUAAUACUUCAACUAGCCAGAAGACUCAAGUGGCUAAAGACGACACGGCAAACUCCUCAGCCGUAGAUUCUCACUCUACUACACUAUCCCUUAUCUUCAUUUUCUCUAUCAAUCACUUUUUUCCUCUAUCUCUCAAAACUCUUUUCUAGGAUGAACACAAUGGACCUAUAGGUCUCCGAGUGGAGCGGUUGCCAUAUGGCAAUCGCGCGUCCCUUAACCUAACCUAACCUACCUGCUUUCACAGACAGAGAAAGGAUAAUCCAAUUUUGCUGUAACUUUGCAAAUCCUAGUAUUCGUAUCAAUGCUAUGUCAGGUGCGAACAUUUUGAAUAAACAUAAUUCUCAUAAAAUGUGAUGUAAGAAUCCGAUUGUCUGGUGUGAAGAUGGAAUAUAUCGGUCCACUCCUG